GUGUGUGUGUGUGUGUGUGUGUGUGUGUGUGUGAGAGAGAGAAGAAACAGAGAGACGGAGCUGAACUGGAAAUAAAGCGCUAAAUUCAGUUUGGUCUAAAGCUGGCCUCCAUCUGUAAAAAACUUAACAGAAAUGUAACUAUUGAGCACACAGUGAGAAGGAGUUUCUUUGUGUGCCAUUUUUAGGUGUUUGAAUGAGUCAUAGAGUGGUGAUUCAAUCUGUGAUACAGCUGAGCUCAGGUCUUUGAUGAGAGACGUCAAGAACAAAUGUCUAAGCUUUUCUAAGUAUUGUCUUGCUGUCUCUACGUGUAUAACUGUUAACUUUACUCUCGGUUUACAGCUUUGACCUUCUUUCUGCAAUGAGCUCUCUCAACUUGGUGAAGAUGUAGUCUUGACCUGCAUGGAGAUGUCUCUAAACAACGUCUCCUCUAUCUGGUCACAUUGGUUGCUGUUAUUCCUGACCCAAGUCACCCUGACAACCAACUCGGCCCCCCGAUCUGAAACUUCCCUAUCGCUCAAUACCACUUUGUUGUUCAACAGUGGUGCCUACAACCUGCGGAAUUGCAGCUGCUACUCUCCCAUUCGGGAAUGCGAUGAGGUACUGGCCAACUCGCUGUGCAGAUGCCACACCGUUUUGCGCUCCGCUCUGCCCCCUGCCGGGCUCAGAGAGCCUGGACGACUGGCAGUGUGGGUGAAAGAGCUCUGGGUUCUGGAGGAGUUGCUGAACCGGAGCAUGGUGGGCCAUUUGCUCUUGUCUUUUUGUGGAAUGAAACCAAUAGACAGUCAGUACCUGGUUCUGCUAGGUCUACGGACCCUCAGGAUCCACAGCGCAGCACCAGAGGCUCCCUACCCGAGCCAGGAAAUGAUCAUCUCCCCAGCAUCGGGGGUGGCAGUGGAGCUGGAGGCUUUGUACUUUGACUUAUCCUCUUCCUUCCAUGUGACCUUUCUGGAUGUAGCAGUUCUGAAUGGGCUCUCUGUCCUAAAGGCAUACAGUGUGGUGGGACCACCUGCUCAAACACUCUCUCAACAGUUCCCACACCUGGCAGUGCCCUUUUCUCUGCCAUCUCCUGCUACUCCGGAUAACCCCACCGAUCCCAGUGAGCAGACUGCAGUGCUUCAGCAGAACCUGCUUUUUACAUUUGUGUACUAACCACAACAAGUUCUAUUCACAGGCAUGGUGAGGUUUGUAGUACAAGUCACUAUUGAUGUACACAGAAAUUCUGCAAAUCAUUAGUCCCUUGAUGGAUGGGUUUUGCUCUCUUUUUGCACAUGACAUGUUCGUUACAUAAUAAGUUUUUGUUUGACUAAGACCCAAAGGUGACUCGACAGGCUGACAUAUUAUCCAUCCUGAUGUAACUUAUUGACUUCAGACCUGCCACAUGUGUGCUCUUGCUGCUUUUCGUUUAUCACUUAAGGGCUCAAAAUGGCUGCACUCUACAUUACUCUACAUGUCAUGUAGCUGACGCUUUAAUCCAAAGCGGGUUUCAAUAAGUACAUUUCAACCAUAAGGAUACAAACCCAGAAGAAUAAGAAAUAAGAAAGUGCAAUUUGAUUAAAUAAGGCGAUUUACAACGUGCUAUAGAUAAGAGCCAUUAUAAGUACCAUUCAAGUGCUAUAAUUUGUUUUGUAUUUUUUAGUCAUGGUGUAGUCUGAAGAGCACUCACAACAUGUCAUUUUAACACCAGCUACAUUUGCAAGUCUUCGUACAGCAUAUUGAAGUUACCCUCCCAUAACAUAAGCAGUGUUUAUUUACCAACUCGGAAGCUGUAAUGACACCGGUUCCUACUUCACAUAUAAUCUGCUCCAGUCAGUCGGAGAUGCUUUGCUUGUGUUGAUUUCCUGGCUCUGUGGCACAGACUUCAACACCACGAUACACUGUGUAUUUACAUGCAUGAAUAUCAUCUCAUAGCCCUGUGAUAGCUAAAUCUAGUUAUAUUAUGUAUUUUACAUACUUUGCAAAUUCUGAUUGUUGCUACCACUUAAUGGAGACAUAUGAAGCUAAUUUUAACACUCAUACUUGGAUUUACGGUUUCAACCUUAACACGGUCACAUGCUUUAAUGUUAAAAAACGUUUUUCUCGUAUUGUCUGUGUUCACCUUGUGUCUGAAGCGCACCAUUUUAUCGUUUUUUGUUGUUUUUUUCCAGCGUUUGUAGAUAUCCUAGACAGACACCUUAACGUGUAGAAGCAAUAUCGACAUGGAAUCUUCAUAAUAUGUCCCCUUUAAGAGACCCAACAAUGUAAUUCAAUAAAUCACUUCACGAAGGGAAUGAAAGCAGUACCCAACGGCUAUAUAAAUGUUUCACAAAUGAUCUGCUAAUCUGAACUCAACUUCCACAUUUUGAAUAUUCUUUUUCUUUCAUUUUCUAACAACAGUUUGAACCUCAGCCAAUUGACAGCCCUAGUAGAGCAGGUAGAAGUCUUACAUAAGAGCAAAUUUUGUUGCUAGAUUGUGAAAAUACCAUGUCCUUAUCCUUUGUGUUGCAGUUAUAAAUGCUGAUAAUCCAUUAAUUAAUUGUUAUUGGUUCUUACUUUCUAAUAAGUGUUAGUAAAUGCUUUAUUAACCAUUAUAAAACCACAUGUUACAUUUCAUGAACUGCUUAGAAGGGACCACCUAUUAAGUAGUAAAGAAUAAAUGCCAAUGUUCCUCCAA